AUGAGCCGAAAUGGGUUUGACAAAAAGGAAGCUCAUUUUCAGCCAUCAGAGGUGUCUGGAGUGAAAUACUAUGGCUUAGUCAACCAAGGUGCAACAGGCUUCCUAAACAGUGUGCUGCAGGUUCUCUACACGACUCAAGUCUUCAGAGAGAGAAUCACAAGUCACAUCAGAAACGACCCAGAGACAAAACACAUUGACAGAGAGCUGAAUGAUCUGUUCCUAAAGCUGGAACUAAAUGUUGCUCAUACAAAUAACAUCACGGACAAACUGGAGAUCUCCAAUGUGAAUGUUCAGAGAGACGCAGCAGAGGUUUAUGAGAAGAUCCUGCGUCAGACCAGUCCAGAGGCUUCUCAGAUGUUCCGUGGAAAACUGACUUACAGGAAUACAUGUCAGGAGUGUCACGUUCCAACUGAGAGCGGUUCGGGAUUCUGGCUUCUUCCUCUUUCUCUCAGCAAUAAUGAAGACUACAGUGUGGAACGGGGCAUUUUGGAUUUCUUUCAUUCAUCCCACAUCAGUGGAGAUGAUCAGAUGUACUGUGAGACCUGUGACGACAAACGUGAUGCUGUUCUGGAAACUGAAAUAACACAUCCUCCAGAAGUCUUAGUGCUUCUGCUUAAGUGCUUUGAUUUUGACCAGACAUGCAAAAGAUACAAGACCUGCUCUUCCGUGGAUGUGCCCAUGGUCCUAAACGUUCAGAAUCAGACGUAUGAGCUGCAUGCCAUUGUUGAGCACAAAGGAGGCAUUGGUCGCUACAUAGCCACUAUUAGAAGCUCCUAUGAUGGAAGAUGGUACACAUUUGAUGACAGAUAUGUGACACUGUCUAGGAAUCAGUAUUUCCAGUAUUGUCUCACAGAAAGGUUUUCUUCAGCUUAUCUUCUGUUUUACCAAAAACGCAAAGCAGCUUCAUACCACGGCUUGCUGAAUCUUGGAGCGACAUGUUACCUGAACUGCAUCCUGCAAGUUCUGUUCAGGACUGCAGCCUUCAGAGAGCGCGUCAACAACUAUGUUCAGAACAAUCCUGGGACAGAGCACAUCGACCAUGAGCUGACUGACCUCUUCUGUGAACUAGAAGGACAUUGGACUUACACAUACAAGAUCGUUAAGAAGCUAAAGAUCGACAAUGUGUUUGAGCCGCGCGAUGCAGCAGAGAACUAUGAGAAGAUCCUACGUCAGACCAGUCUAGAGGCAUCCCAGAUCUUCCACGGUGAACUGGAAAACAUCAGUAAAUGCCUGGAUUGUGGAGAAGAAUACAAAAGCACAGCAGGAUUCUGGCAUCUUCCUCUUUCUUUGGUUGACUCAGCAGAUGGCUACUCUGUGCACAGAGGUUUGCAGGACUUCUUCCAGAGAGAGAGGGAGGUGCAGAUGUACUGUGAGGAAUGCUUUAAAACAUGCAACGCACACACGUAUUGCAGCCUAAAGCUUUGUCCUGAGGUCCUGGUUCUACUGAUGAAGCGCUUUGAGUAUGACAACAGACAUAAGAUAUUUGUAAAAAACAACUGUGCAGUGGAGGUGCCAUACUCUCUGCUCAUACAACCAAGUUACAUGUAUGAGCUGUAUGCCUGUGUGGAGCACUAUGGAGAUCUGGCAUAUGGACACUAUAUUUCAAAAAUCAAGGAUGACGGGAGAUGGUUUUUUUUCAAUGACCUCUCAGUGACUUCUCAUAUUUUUGAAGAGAAACCUACAGAGAAAUCCGAGACGGCCUAUUUACUGUUUUACAGAAGAAAAACAGAUAGCUUCAACAGAGAUGUGUCCACUGCAAGAACGCCGCAGGAAGAGCAUGCCAUUGCGGAACAAAACACAAAAGACAACGAGAAAGACGGAGAAGAUGGAACUCAGGACAACAAUGAGAAAAGGCCAGAUGAUCAUGAAGGAAGCCCACACGGCGGCAUUUCAGAAAAUCGGUACAUGGAUCAUUUGGACCAGCAGUUUGACCAGCAUCACGAGGAGGGGUCAUACAUCGGGGCUCAGGCAUUAGCAGAGGUAGAGAAUAUACGUGCCUGUGAGAGUUUAAUGGACAUAGGGAAUGACCAAGAUGACGAUGAGGACAGAUGCGCGGCGAGAGUCGAGCAGAGAGGAACAGAGAACUUCGACCAGUGA